AUGGAUCCGGCUCUCGAAAAAGCACAAGUGAGCCAAAUAGAUGAUGUGUCAAGAAAUACAAAUGGACAAAACGACGCAGGACUUGACCUAAAUAAUCAUCAAAAGCUCAACAGAGACGAUACGAGCAAUCUCAGAUUAGACAAGCAUGGACUACCACUUGUGCCACAGCCAACUCAACACAAAGAUGAUCCACUCAACUGGUCCCCAACACUCAAGCUAUUGAUCGCCCUCCAAAUCAGCUGGCUAUCAUGCAUGGGUCCAAUGAGUGCCGCCGUCAUCAAUCCCGCCUUCGUCCCUCUUGGAAAAGCAUUCAAAAUCACAACUGUUCAAGUAUCCUAUGAACUAACAGUGUACAUUAUCUUCGCUGGCGUUGGACCACUUUUGAUCUCACCUCUGGCAAACGUCUAUGGCCGUCGUCCAGUUUACCUCUUGGGAAAUCUUCUAGCUGGCAUCACGAACAUCAUCGCGGGACAUUGCACCACCUGGAACGGCAUCCUCAUCACCAGAGUCUUCAAUGGUAUCGGCGCAGGAUCAAAUGUAGCUAUUGGUGGUGCUACAAUUUGUGAUUUGUAUUUCAUGCAUGAGAGGGGUCUCUACAUGGGAGUUUACACUUUCUUUCUUACCAAUGGGCCACACCUAGCACCAUUGAUCGGAGGAUACAUAGCUCAGAACCUUGGCUGGCAACAAUGCUUCAACAUUCCUGGUUACAUCCAACUGGGAACCUUUCUCAUCACCCUCAUCUGCCUCCCCGAAACCUUGUACUCCCGCAAAUCCACCACCACAUCCUCCUCUGACUACAAACCAGCAUCAUAUACCGACCUCCUGCUCUUUAAACGCGGUCGCCUCGCUGACCGCAACCUCAGAGCAACAGAUUUUCUCGAGCCGUUUUACAUGCUAAAAUACAUCUCCAUCCUUAUCCCUGGCCUGUACUAUAUGAUCUCCUUCGGCUACGGGACCGUGCUCUUUGCCGCAACCGGCUCUUCCCUCUUCGCAAAGUUCUACCACUUCAACGUGGCACAAACUGGCCUCUUACUUUCCAUCCCUCUCCUCAUCGGGUGCCUAAUUGGAGAAUUCAAUGCCGGUUGGGUGACGGAUUAUAUGGUUUAUAGAUAUGCCAAGAAGAAUGACGGAGUGCGGAAACCAGAGGCGAGACUCGAUGCUAUUUGGCUUGCACUAUUGUUACCGAUAGGCGUGAUUAUCGAUGGGGUGUGCUUGACGCAUUACAAGACAGUUGGGUGGGUUGGGGCGGCGUUUGGGAUGGGGAUUGCGUGUCUUGGGUUGCAGGUUGCGACGACGGUGGUGUAUGCUUAUUGCACCGAUUGUUAUAAACCGCAAAGCGCAGAAAUCUCAACAGUGCUUAAUACUUUCCGCUCCAUCUUCUCUGCGCUCAUCUCUUUCUACGCGAUUCCUCUUGGCAACAGAAUCAAAUUCCAAUGCGCAUGGCUCGUCUUCGCGAUGCUGAACGUUGCGUUCUUGCUCCCGAUGUUCGCGCUACGUGUCUAUGGGUCACGAUGGAGGGGAUAUACAUGGCAGUCCCCGCCAAGGUUUCAUAACGACAUCUAA